AUGGAUGGGCUGGACCGGGUCUCUCUGUUCCUGUACCCCAGCUCUGCCGCCCUCCUCCCUCAUCCUUCCCCCCUCCUCCUCCCGCCUCUCCGCUUCCCCCUCCUUCCCCCCCCACGCCCACAUGCGUUCCCCAUGUCUCCCCCCUCCUCCCCACAGGCGCUGAAGGAGCUGCAGCCGCAGACAGCACGAGUGCGGCGGGGUGCUGCGCGUGGCGCACCUAUGGAGGGGGGUCGUGAGGCGCAGGGUCAUCACGGCCGGGACAGUGACAGUGACAAUGACGGGCCAGCAGCGAGAUCAGAAGCAGCGCCGCUUGUAACACCAGGGCAGGUGGUAACCCCAUCAGCAGCAGCAGCAGCAGCAGCAGCAGCGCCAUUUGUGACAGUGCCGGCGAGAGAGUUGGUGCCGGGGGAUGUGGUGGAGGUGCGGGCAGGCGACCGCGUUGCAGCAGACAUGCGCAUCGUUGCGGUGGUGAGCGGUUGUGUGCGGCUCAAUGAGUCCACGCUCACUGGGGAGAGCGAGCCCCAGGGAAAGGCGAACAUGGCGUUUGCAGGAACAACAGCAGCAAGCGGGUCGUUCAUUGGCGUGGUGGUGGCAACAGGCAUGGCCACUGAGGUGGGGCGCAUACAGGCGCAGAUCACAGCGGCAGCAGCGGAGGAGGCGGCAUAUGACACGCCGCUGUCGCGCCGCCUGGAUGAGUUUUCGACCGCGCUGACCCAGGCUGUGGGCGCCAUGUGCGUGGUGCUUUGGGCGGUGAAUUUCGACCGGUUUGUGGCGUGGGACGCGGUGGGGCGGACUCUUGUGUUUAAUGCGCAGCAGGCCACGUUCUAUUUCAAGGAAGCAGUGGCGUUAGCAGUGGCAGCGAUUCCCGAGGGGCUACCAGCAGUGAUCACCACGUGUCUGGCGCUGGGCACGCGGCGCAUGGCAGAGGCGCACGCUAUAGUCCGACGCUUGCCGUCCGUUGAGACGCUCGGUUGCACCACGGUUAUUUGCUCAGAUAAGACCGGCACGCUCACGACCAAUCAGAUGGCGGCUGCCAGCCUGGCGGUGCCACGUGGCGCUGACGGGGACGUGCGGUGGUAUGACGUGUCAGGGACCACUGUGGCGGGCAUCAGUGCGCUGUGCAACGACAGUAGCAUCACCGUUACCAAGGGGCGGUACGGCUGCUCUGGCAUGCCCACUGAGGCCGCUCUUAAGGUGAGAGGGCGCUCAAGGUGGGUGCGCGAGGAGGUGAGGGACGGUGUGGUAAGGCAGAGUGGGAUGGGGGUGAAUGUUAGAUCGAUGCAGUUCCGCUGCUCUGGCAUGCCCACCGAGGCCACUCUUAAGGUGCUGGCAGAGAAGCUGGGCGUGCCGAGCGAGGAGCAGCAGGAGCGGAUAGAGGCGGCUCGCAGGGCCGGUGGGGUGGCAAGUGGGGAGGAGGGCUCCCUGAGCCUGGCGAGCACAUACUGGGAGCAGCGGUGGGCGCGCGUGUGCACUCUGGAGUUCGACCGCCUCCGCAAGUCCAUGAGCGUCAUUGUCACGCCCCCAGGGGGGGGGCACGGCUUGCCAAUGCAGCAGCGCCAGGCAAUGGCACUUGGGGUGGGUGCGGCUGUAGGAGAGCCUGGAGGAGUGGGGAUGGGUGCCGUCGUGAGGGAGGGCGUGGCAGUAAGGGAGGACAGCAGAACCCCUGGAGGGAAGGGAGAGGAGGGGUUGUGCGGGGCAGGCAACCUGCUGUUGGUGAAGGGAGCAGCGGAGUGCGUGCUCAACCGCUGCUCCUCGCUGCAGCUCCCCUCGGGCGCUGUUGUUCCCCUCUCCCCCCCCGCACGCACCCGUCUGGCCCACAGCAUCGCAGCCAUGGCUUCCCAGGGCCUCCGCGUGCUGGCCUUCGCCUUUCGAGACAACCUCCCCCCUGCUCUUGCAGGUUUGGGUUUGAAGGGGCGGGAUGGGGGCGAGGGGAGCGAGGGAGCAGGUGAAGGGGCUGGUGGGGAUGGAAGAGAAGUGACGGGGAGUGGGGAGGGGUGGAGUGAGGAGGUGCGGCGGUGGGUGGAGGAUGGGAGCCGGUACGAGGAGAUAGAGAGCGAGCUGACGUUUGUGGGGCUGGUGGGGAUCCGUGACCCGCCCAGGCCGGAGGUGUCGGGGGCGAUAGCAGCGUGCACGAGUGCGGGCAUGCGCGUGAUUGUCAUCACUGGGGACUCGGGCGCCACUGCUGAUGCUGUGGCGCAGCAGAUCGGGCUGUUUGGGCGCGGUGGUGAGGAGAGUCACGGUGGCUCGCAUGCUGCUGACCCGUAUCCUGCCAAGCAUUCGUAUGCGGCGGCGGAGUUUGUUCGGCUGCCAGAAAAGGAGCAGCUGAGGAUUCUGGCAGGAAGGCCGGAGGGGACAGCAGGCAUAGGCGGGGAUAGAAGCAGUGGAAGGGCGAGGGGCGGCAAUCUGGUGUUCUGGCGGGCGGAGCCGGCGCACAAGCAGGCGAUCGUGAGGGCGCUGAGAGCGCAGGGCGAGGUGGUGGCCAUGACGGGCGAUGGCGUGAACGAUGCCCCUGCUCUCAAGCUGGCGGACAUUGGGAUUGCCAUGGGCGCCACUGGCACCGAGGUCGCAAAAGAAGCCGCAGACAUGGUCCUAGCGGACGACAACUUCGCCACGAUAGUCGAAGCAGUGCGGGAGGGCCGCGCCAUAUUCGACAACAUGCGGGCGUUCAUCCGCUACCUCAUCUCCUCCAACAUCGGCGAGGUCAUCGCCAUCUUCGCUGCGUCCCUCCUCGGCCUGCCCUCCUCCUCCUUCCUCCUCCCCGUGCAACUCCUCUGGGUCAACCUCGUCGGAGAUGGGGCUCCCGCUGUGGCUUUAGGGUUUACUCCGCCUGAGGCUGAUGUGAUGGCGCGGCCGCCAAGGGAGCGGGAGCAGGGGCUGGUGUCGCCGUGGGUGCUGGUGCGCUUUGGGGUGCUGGGGGCGUAUAUCGGUGCUGCGACCGUUGGGGUGUUUUCCGUGUGGUUUUUGAAUGGGGAGGUGGUGGGAGGGGGGAUUGGAGGGGUGGGGAUGGGGGUGGGGGCGGUGGAGGAGAGUGUGAGGGGGAAGGAGGGGGUGGGGGCCGGAAAUGUAGCAGGUGGCGGCACCGUCUCCUUCCCCUCCCCCUGCGACUACUUCACCAGCGGCACGGCCAAGCCAUCCACUCUAGCACUCACCACGCUGGUCACCAUCGAGAUGCUGCUCGCCCUCAGCUCUGUCUCAGAGUACCGCAGUUUGAUGCAAUCUCCACCGUGGAUUAACAAGUGGCUCAUCCUGGCCGUCGGUGCGUCCAUGGGGCUCCACGUGGCGCUGCUGUACUCGCCGCUGGCGGGCGUGUUUGAGGUGGUGCCGCUGACGUGGCAGGAGUGGGCGCUGGUGGUGGUGUUUUCUCUGCCCGUGCUGUUGGUGGAUGAGGGGCUCAAGCUGGUGGGCCGGUGGAUCUUCGCACGGCAGAGAGGAGAGACUAGAUAG